UGACAGCGGUGGGUUCGGUUUCGUCAGUGUCAGAAUCCUGAGAAUAAAAAGCAGAGUGUGAGGUCAGUGUUCAGUCUGAAGAUGGAGACGAAGGAGGAGAGCGUCCCAGUGAAGAGGGGCAGCACGGAGCAGAGGAAGCUGCGUUCUCGUGAUGCAGCUCGAUGUCGCCGUGGUCAGGAGACGGAGGUGUUCUAUGAGCUCGCCCACUCGCUGCCCCUCCCCCGCAGGGUGACCACCCACCUGGACAAGGCUGCCAUCAUGAGGGUCGCCCUCAGCUUCCUGCGCCUGCACCACCUCCUGCAACCCGGGGAGAGGAGCAGCAUCACAGGAGCAGGUGAGAAUCCAAAAGAGGAGUCUGAAGAGGAAGAGAGCGACGACAGGGAGGAAGAGGAGGAAGAGGAGGAUCCAAUGGACGCUUUCUAUCCUCAGACGCUGGCUGGUUUCAUCAUGGUGAUGACGGAGGAAGGAGACAUGAUCUACCUGACGGAAAACGUCAGCAAACACAUCGGCAUCACACAGCUGGAGCUGCUGGGUCAGAGUGUUUAUGACUUGGUUCAUCCGUGUGACCAGGAGGAGCUCAGAGAUCUGCUGGGUCCAGGUCCAGGUUCGAGUAAGAAAGAACAGAAACAUCACAACGAGAGAAACUUCUUCCUGCGAAUGAAAAGCACACUGACCAGCAGGGGGCGCACAGUCAACAUCAAGUCCGCCACAUGGAAGGUUCUUCACUGCACAGGUCACAUGGGUCCACAUGGCGGCGGCUCCACGUCGCCCCCUGCAGGCAGAGUGAUGACCCUGCUGUGUGAGCCCAUCCCUCACCCGUCCAGCGUGGAGUUCCCUCUGGACACGUGCACCUUCCUCACCCGCCACAGCAUGGACCUGCGCUUCACUCACUGCGAGGGCAGGGUUACAGAGUUGACGGGAUACAAACCUGAAGAUCUGAUUGGCCGCUCGGCCUACGAGUUCCAUCACGCGCUCGACUCCGAUCACGUGACCAAAAGCCUGCACACAUUGUUGCUCAAAGGUCAGGUCAGCACCAGGCACUACCGCUUCCUGGCAAACCGCGGCGGCUUCGUCUGGGCCGAGACUCAAGCGACUGUUCUCUACAGCGGCAAGACGUCGCAGCCAGAGGCCGUCGUCUGCCUCAACUUCAUCCUCAGUUCCGUGGAGCAGCCACACGUGGUCUUCUCCUCGGAGCAGACCCGUUCUGGUCUCCAGCCCGAAGCGGACCCCGACUCACCGCGGCUCACACCAGAGGAAUGUGGGACCCCCGACGUCUGUGGCACUGACGUUCAAAAUCUAACCAACUGCCGUCAGACUGAGGUCACAGGUUCGAUUCCCAGCAGCAACACGGAGCUGCUCUUCAAACCACAGGAGGAGCCUGAGGAGCCUGAGGAGCCGGUGGAGACGGACGCCGUCGCACCACUGACAGGAGGUUUUGUGGAGCUGUCGUUCGUUAGUCCUCUCAGGCCGCACCUGCUGCCCGACCACCCUCAGGAUCUGUGCACCCCCGAGCUGCGACAGCUCCUCACUCCCAUCUUCAGCCCCAUCACACCACCCUCGUCUUCAUCACCAGCCUCCUCACCUGAUUGUCUCGGUGAGGACGAGGUGAUGGACGCCAGCGAGGUGCACAGGUUCUUUGCCAUUUGGCCAGAAAAUGGUCAAAAGAAAGAAAAGACAGUGGAGAACAUGGAGGGGAUGGAUCUGGACAUGUUGGCUCCGUACAUCUCCAUGGACGAUGACUUCCAGCUGAGCGUCUCCGGGGGUUUGUCUGAGGAAGUGGACGAACCUUCAGCUGUGUCUCCAGCUGUCUCACUCAGAAGGAAACGGGCUCAUCACCGAGGGGCGGAGCUUCCGUCUCAGCUGAGGAUUCAGGACAAGAGACAGAAACAAACUGCUCCGUCAACAGAAGAGGAACUUUUCCUCAGUCACGGAUUACUGGACUGUCUGGAGGAACCCGACCAAUCAGAUCUGAGCUCAGACCCAGGAGGGCGGAGUCAGCUCCUCACAGACAGAGACCCCGUCUUAGGAGGCGUUCAGGGGCUCUGUGAAGCUGCAGCUCUGAUGAGAGACAUAUUCGAACCUCGGCCUCCUGACCUGUCGCUCUUGACCUGAUGGCGCUCCCUGGGAGUUUGGCGCUCGACUCGUGCGCUCAAAGAGAGAACGUGGACCCGGGAUCCACAGCGGCCCACAGAGCGCACAUACACAAACACAACACGCCACAAACAUGUACGCAUCAGAACAUCGACUCACGUACGCUGCAUCCCUCUGCCGGAGGGUUGACCCGACGCCAUCGCUCGCAGCUCAAACAGGAAACGCCACUUAUGUGUUUCCUCAUUGUUCUCUGACUGUGGAGCGAGAGCCAAUCACACGCUGGAGAUCAGGUGUGUGAGUCCACCUUUUGAAUCUGAGCGUUUUCCAUCUACUUUAAUGUUUAUCAAUGAUUUCAUGUGAGAAAUCAUCAAGGGUCAAUCUCUCUUAUGGACAGCAGGUGGUGCUAAAGCCUUUCAUUCAGAGGAUGAGAAGAGAAUCUGGGAACGUGUUUUUCUAUGCAGCUAAAUUUAGUGUAACUUUAAAGAUUUGAUGUCAGAAAUCAUCAUUUGGAUACGUACAGUCUGUGCAGCAACUCCCAUGAUGCUCGGCUUUGUCAACUUAUCUUUCGUUCAAACAUUCUCUCACUGACGUUUUCUCUGAAACAAUCACAACAAACAAACAAGCGAGUUUCAGUGGCACGGUUUAUCUCAGUGGCUUAUUUUUAUGUAUUUUUAUAAACUCAUGCUUAAUCUUCUUUUCUUCAAUGAUGUGUUUACUGUAAAGAGUUUUCAGCUGGGGGUUUUAUCACUGUGUUUUGAGAAAUGAGUCGAUCGCCUGUAGGUCAGUCGGGUGUGCGUUUGUCCUCUGAUGGUGUCGGGGGGGUUAUCUCAUAUCAAACACUCCUGUUGGUUAACAUGAGGCGAGCGUGACCUCUGUGGUAAACCCACGUGACCUUGUGGCAUCAAACAUGCAACAUGUCGCUCUCUGCAGAUUUGAUUCUGCCUUUCUCAUAUUAUUACAUUUACAUUUAUAACCUGGUUAACUGUCAGUGAGACAAACAGUAGAGUUCAUAUUCUUAUUAAACUCUAGUCUUCAUGUUUUUAUCAUCUAUACGUUUGAAUUUUACAACUUUUAACAAACUGUUCCUCGAGUUAUAACAGCUGAACGUAGUGUUUUUGUUUCUACACUGACAUUCGGAGGAUUGUUGUUUUGGCCACAAACUCUCUCUCUGUGAGCCUCGUGUCCUCCAGUGAAACACAAACAGGAUCUGCUCAACGUCCCUGUUGAUUUCUAAUGAGGAAGAGAAAACCUGUUUUAUUUGUAUCUGUUCAUCCUGUUCGUGUUCUGGACUUCUGAAUAAAGCUGUUGAAGCAGAA